UGGGAGUUGAGGGGCCCGGUUCUCAGAAAGGAAGUUUCAGUCACUGGCUGCGGUGUUGGGAGUAAGGGCAUCAUGUUUGAUCAGCGACUGAGCAUCUCUAGCGCUCUGUCUUUACAGAUAUCUGCACCUUCUGAAGAGCAACAGAAAAUGACCAAUUCUCAGGGAUUUGUGUCACUCAAGGAUGUCACUGUGGACUUCACUUGGGAGGAGUGGCAGCACCUGAACUCUGCUCAAAGAAACCUGUACAGGGAUGUGAUGCUGGAGAACUAUAGCAACCUUGUUUCAGUGGGAUGUCAGUCUCUGAAGUCAGAUGUAAUCUCAUUGAAGCAAGGAGAACCAUGGAUGAAGGAGGAAGAAAUCUCAAGUUGGGCCUACUCAGACUUUGAUAUUAGACCCAAGAUGAAAGAAUUAACACCAUGGAAGAACAUUUCUGAACAAGUGAUACUCCAUAACAUGAUUGUAUACUCAACUUUUGAAGACUGGAGACUUGAAGAUGAGAUAAAUCACCAGGAAAACCAAGACAAGCGUUUGAAUCAAGUUGCAUUCAUUAACAAUAAGCCACUAACUGAGGAGAUAGAUCAUGAAUGUAACAAUGUACUUGGGAAAGGAAUUCAUCUGAACAGAACAUCUAAUGAACACAUCGGAGCCUUCAUGCAGAAGUCACACCUCUUUGUACAACCAAAAAUUCUAACCAGUGAGAAAUCAUAUAAAUGUAUUCAGUGUGGGAAAGCUUUCAGUGGAAAGUCAGGACUCAUUGUACAUCAGAGAAUUCAUACUGGGGAGAAACCAUACAAAUGUAAAGAAUGUGGAAAAACCUUUAUUCAGAAGUCACAACUCACUGUACAUCAGAGAACUCAUACAGGAGAGAAACCCUAUAAAUGUAGUGAAUGUGGGAAAGCAUUCAUCCAGAAGUCAAACCUCAUUAUUCAUCAGAGGAUUCACACAGGGGAAAAACCCUAUGAAUGCAAUGAAUGUGGGAAAGCUUUCAUCAAGAAGUCAACGCUUGGUGUUCAUCAAAGAGCUCAUACUGGGGAGAAACCAUAUGAAUGCAGUGACUGUGGAAAAGCCUUCAUCUGGCGGUCACAGCUCGUUGUACAUCAGAGAAUUCAUACUGGGGAGAAACCCCAUGGAUGUAAAGAGUGUGGAAAAGCCUUCAACAGGAAGUCAGAACUAAGUGUACAUCACAGAAUUCACACUGGAGAGAAACCCUUUGAGUGUAAUGAAUGUAAAAAAGCCUUCAUUCAAAAGUCAGAUCUCAUUGUACAUCAGAGAACUCACACUGGGGACAAAAGGUAUCAAUGCUGUGAUUGUGGGAAAGCCUUUAUCCGGAGCUCACAGUUCAUUGAACAUCAGAGAAUUCAUACUGGGGAGAAACCCUAUGAAUGCAGUGAAUGCAGAAAAGCUUUUAUCCAGAAAUCACAACUCACUGUUCAUCAAAGAAUCCAUACUGGGAUGAAGCCGUAUGAAUGCAUUGAGUGUGGAAAAGCCUUUAGUAAGAAGUCACAUCUCACUGUACAUCAUAGAAUACACACUGGAGAAAAACCCUAUGACUGUAGUAAUUGUAGAAAAGCUUUCAGCAAGAAAUCUACUCUCAUUGUUCAUCAGAGAAUUCAUAUGGAACAGAAACCCUUUUAAUGGAAUGAGAAAACUUUAAUUAAAUGAUUAAAAUUUCAUCACACAUCAUAGAA